ACCCGCUACACUUCAGGAGCUGCUGUUUUUCAAAACGUGGUGUAGGAAUAUUUGUCAACUUGUCUUUGCACAGGACCCAGGUCUGUUUAACAGAAUAUCCUGGGCGUGCUCUACGCUGGCGAAAAUGGAGGGGUUUCUACAGAGAUGUAGUGCUGCAAUAAAGGGCAGUGCGGAGGGAAGCUCUGGGAUCCACGUCAUCCUUGGCAACGAGGCCUGUGACCUCGACUCCAUGGUGUCGUCCCUUGCCUUUGCCUACUUUCUGUCCAAAACGUCUGGCAGCUCAGGUAAGACUGUGGUGCCGGUGCUGAACAUCCCAAGGGCUGAGUUCCACCUGCGGUCCGACAACGUGUUCCUAUUGAAGGAGAGCGGUGUUCCGCCGGAGGCUCUGGUGUUCCGUGACGAGGUGGACCUGGCAGGGCUCCAUAGAGCCAAGAGGUUGAUGCUCACCCUGGUGGACCACAACGUGCUUCCUAGUGCCGACAUCGACUUGGAGGAGGCAGUUGUGGAAGUCAUUGACCACCACCACCUCGAGAGGACACCCUCCAUCUCCUGUUCUGUCACCGUGGAAACCGUGGGUUCCUGUGCUACCUUGGUGACAGAGCACAUUCACCACAAGGCACCUGAAGUGCUAGACAGACAGGUGGCUCAAUUAUUAUACGGGGCCAUCGUGCUGGAUUGUGUCAACAUGGCCCCUGAGGCGGGCAAGGUCACACCCAAGGACAGCCAACUGUCCUGCUUGCUGGAGUCGCGUUUCCCUGACCUGCCGCCCAGGGGCGCCCUCUUCCAGUCCCUACAAAGCGCCAAGUUUGACAUCUCAGGUCUUUCUACAGAGCAGAUCCUGCUAAAGGACAUGAAGGCUGUCUCUGGGGGCGACCUGAGACUGGCAGUCAGCGCUGUGUAUAUGACACUAGAUGUGUUCCUACAGCGGAGGAGCCUACAACAGGAGCUUUGUGAGUUCUGUCACAAACAUCGUUUCGGUGCGGUGGUUGCCAUGACAAUCUCUUUUAACGAACGCAGUGAGCCCCAUCGGCAGCUGGCAGUCUACAGUUCCAGCACCCUCUAUAGGGAGGAGGUGAGCCAAGCAUUAGAAAAGGCGCGCAACCCCUCUCUGAGCUUCUCUCCCAUGAGCAGCCCCUUCAACAACAUCAAGUCUUAUCUCCAAGGCAACGCACUGGCCUCCCGCAAUAAAGUGCUGCCUAUCCUCAAGAACUUCCUGAAGGAGUGGGACAAGAAGCAAGUGCAUUGUGGGGAGGCGGAGGACUUUGAGGAGCUGGACGACCACGUUGACCCCACGGGGUCGCCUAGUUUUGACGACGACGCCCGCCCCCGCUGCUUCUCAGCCUCCCGGCACCACCGCCGCCGCCUGCUGGGCACCGAGGACUCUGGGAUGGAGGAGGACUUCCAGGUGCCGGCCACUCCCAUGAACAGCCUGGUGGAGGGCUGUCCGCUGGACGCCGGCCUUCCACGGAUCAGCGCAGAAGCCAUUUUGGAGAAGUUCAGCCGCAUGGGAGGGGAAGCAGGGGAAAAUAAAGAUGGCAACUGGCCAGGUGAACAAUAACCUUCUGUUGAUGCCUUUUAAUCCUAGUACCCCUGGAUGACUGUCCUCGUGCACCUCAAUCCAACCAACAGACUAUAAGAAGGAGUGUUCAAAGUUCAAAUUCAGAAGCAUAUCAAUCAAUUGUAUGUUUCAUAAGGGACAUCUCAUAGCAAAUUAUAAUGACAAUCCAAAGGGGCCAUGUACAGUAACUCACUGGUUAUAUAGGAAUCCUAGGUUUUCUAUCGGCAGCUCCGUUGACAUUGACUGGAAACAGGGCCCUGUUCCGGAGGAACAAAACAGGGAGGUACCAUCUGAACUAAGAAAUGCUUGUUUUUGCUACGGUGUGCCCGAAUGAACACAACCCUGGACUACUGUGGCCGUCAGACUGAUCACCAAGCUCUUUAUGGAUGCUUUACUCAAGUCAGAACUAAAAACACCAUAGAACAUUAUGAAGAAUAGGAUAUUCUUCUAAAAGACUGGCAACCGGAUGAAAAAAAGGGAUGACUAGUAGUACUGUAUCAAGGACUCCAGAUGGAGGUUGAAUGAAGUGUGUGUUUUCUCUGUAUCGCAUCUGAGUACAUGGGACUGCCUCAUUGGUUAGUUAGCGCCAUCUCCAAGUGUAGGGGGAGUGGAUUGGAAAUGUGGAGAAUACAUAAUGGACUAAAGUAAUUCAUCUUUGAAGGGCCUGUUUCAAUGUCACAGGCAUUUGAGUGAACUGUGUUUCAGUAGUCCUGGUCCUGGAAGACUGCUGAGUCUGCUGGUUUUUAGUGCAACCAAUCUAUGUACAGCUUCAUAUGUGCGUUAUUGGGCUGAUGAUUGAACGCGUGAUAUCUCCUGCCGUGUGUGUGAGCACACGUGUUUGUUCGUGUGUGUGGACUUUUCAUGGUUAGUGGGACGUCUUGAUGACAUUAUCACCAGUCACAAAGUUCUCAUCGUCGGAAUCCAUCUGAAAAGGGGGAAAAAUUCACAUCCUCCCCACAGAGAGAGAGAGGUGGAUAGAUAGAUACCAGAUGAUGGAUGCAACUCAGCUGCUCAUUCAUGCAUACGAAGCUCCUGCCCCCGUUCAGAGAUCUAAAUAUACUCAGUCACCUUUCUCUCUCUCACUGAGAUGUAUAUCACAAAGCUACUUCAGCUGUCCAAAUGUACUUAUCAUCUAGAAUCACCAUUGAUUAUGUUACCAGUGAGGAAUUAGCCUGAUCCGAGAUCUGUUUGCGUUCUUUCCAACCCCUAUCAUCAGAGUUGACUAUACAGCACCAACAGAUCUGGGACCGAGUUAGUGAUGAAUUGCUCUGAUCUGUAAUCUGUGUCGCGUACCCAGAGAGCCUUGUGGCGGUUCAUUUGAGUUAACAUUAGUUCAGAUGUCUGCUUCAUUAGCUGGCUGUAGUUGGGCCUGGGGAGUAGUUUUCAACUUACUGUACCACAGAGACGUGCAAACACACCCAGGCAAACCCACAUACAGAUGAAUGCAUAGACACAAACACAUUGGCUGCUAUGCAUGGUAAUGAUGUUAAGGCUGGUGCCUUAUCAUGUUUUAAUCGUUGUGAAUGUGGAGUCAUUAUAUGUCUGUUUGGGUAGAUGUCUGUUCUCUACAUACAGUACACUGCAGCUCUAAUGUUAUGUAGUUGGUGGGAAAAUCUUCAAAUUCAGUUGGCCAAGUGAAACUGAGCACAAGACAGUGACACUAUUCCAUUUCAGUCUCUAGUCUCUUCCUUUGGAUCCUACCCUUUCAGUGUUCCCAGAUCACAAGGUUUCGAUACGUGGAAGUAAUAAGAUGAUGGCUUCCUCUGAUAGGGUAUGUGAAGCUUUCACCAUAUUACUCUCACCUAUCCAGACCUUUAGGAUCUUGGAUCAAAUGCAGGGAGGACGGUAGGGACUAAAAUUGUAUUUUGUUAUAAUUUGAUUUGAUAUCUUUGACAAAAGAAAACAUCUUUAAGUGUUGACUAGCACUGUGCUGAACCAUUUAAUGAAGAUAUUAAAUGAAGAUAGUAUAGUUGAAGAUACUUGAUUAUAUAAAUCAACCAUGCAGUUUCAUUGAUAUCCUCCCUACAUCACAGUGAGAAGGUAUGUUCAGUCACCUAGUUCAUAGUUAAACAAUAUAUGGCAUCUAAGCUAGCAUGGUAUUGAUAAUGAGUUUGCUAAUAAACAUACUCUGAAAGAUUUCUAUAUUGAGCCUCAGGUAUUAAGGAUUAGGCAAUCAUUGGCUUGUAGAUGUUCAGCAAGCUUAGAUUCUUUUAAAUGUUUUGCCAGCUAAACAUGCAUGAGCAAAUUUGUUUUUGACAAUGUCAACAUCAAUGUACUGUAUCUUGUAUCCCAAAUCCGUUGUUCCCAAGAGGGGUCACAAAAAAGCAAAUCUAAUUAUGUUUGUCUUCUUUUUUAUAUCUCCACAUACCUUUUGUGGAAGUGUUUCAUGGGAAAUGUAUUUACAAUGCAAUGGCUCAGUGACUGUGCAGUUUAAUAUGAACACUAAACACUAGUUUGCCUUUUCAUUUCAAUGCCUUUCCUAUACCAUUUGUCAUGAUUACAUGUUUUUGUAUGUGCUCUGUGGUGUUCUAAUUUCUCCAUGCGUUUAAGGUUUGAAAUAUUAGCUAGCUGGACUUGUUUAGCUUCUAAACAGGUUGAACAAAGACAAGUAAUUCACAAUGUUUUUUUUAACCAAAUUGGUUCCCUUUUUCAGUUUCUCAUGGUUUAAAUCAAAAGAUGCCCCCCCAACCCCUCCACAUGCAGUUCCUUUCAGCAUGGGUAGUUUUGUGAAUUUGAUGCAGUACAAUCAGGGUUCAACUUCCCUUGUAUUCAAGUAUGCAAUAUGACGUGUUUGCUGUGUGGUUCCUUUAUUUAAGUGAGAAAAAAACUGAAUGUGAAAACCACGUGUAAGAAAAUAUUAUAAGAGUAAAAAUAUGCUGUUCUAUUAAAGAUGGAUUUUAAGAGUU